UCAGAUGCCAGUCAAAUGGGAGUCACAUGCUCUAACCAGAGGCUGCCUCUGAAGUCAACACAAGACGCAGUGUAGUUUUAGUAUGGUUACCGUGAACUGAUGAGGACAUGGCGGCUAGCGAAGAGGGGGAAACUUUAGAAUCUUGGCUGAAUAAAGCUACAGACCCUAGUAACCCGGCUGAUCGAUGGGAUUGUAUUCAGGGAUUCUAUGAACAGGUUAACAAGGAGCUUGAAGGGCCACAAAUUGCGAUGCGCCUUCUUGCUCACAAGAUCCAGUCACCCCAGGAGAAGGAGGCCUUGCAGGCACUAACAGUGUUAGAAGCCUGCAUGAACAAUUGUGGCAAGCGAUUUCACAGUGAGGCUGGAAAGUUCCGCUUCCUGAAUGAAAUGAUCAAAGUGUUGUCACCAAAGUAUUUAGGCAUGUGGACCACAGCUGAGGUCAAACAAAAGGUGACAGAGGUCCUAUACAGCUGGACUCAGUGGCUUAAAGAUGAGGUUAAGAUCCAGGAAGCCUACUCCAUGCUAAAGAAACAAGGUAUUAUAAAGAAAGACCCCAAGUUACCCGAGAAUGUGGUAAUGCCGCCUCUGUCUCCGAGAACAGGGGAGUCUGUGUUUGAUGAUGAAGAGAAAUCAAAGUUACUGGCAAGACUCUUGAAAAGCAGACACCCUGAUGAUCUUCAGGCAGCCAACAGGCUUAUCAAGAACACCAUGAAGGAAGAGCAAGAGAAGAUGGAGAAGGUGUCCAAACGCAUUACUACCAUGGAGGAGGUUGAGAGAAACACCAAGCACCUGAAAGAGCUGCUGGAGAAUCACAGGAGGGGUGAAUCUUCCGAAGAACAGUUAGAGGAGAUGAGGAAUCUUUAUGAGCAAUGUGACAAACUGCGUCCCACUCUCUUCCGCUUUGCCAGUGACACGGUGGACGAUGAUGACGCAUUAGCUGAAAUUCUCCAAGCAAACGAUAAACUAACGUUGGUUGUCAAUUUGUACCAAGAGAUGUUCGGAAACAGUGAUGUCAAUGGAAACAGCCGAAGCGAUCACUGCAAAAGCAAAGGUCCUGAAAGUCCCAAGGAGAUAAAGAGCUACCAUCUGAUAGAUCUGUCAGUGCUGGAUUCUACAUUGACAGACAGCACCAGUCCACCUAGAACUACACACAGCAGCUCUCUGUCUCUGCUGGACGAGGAGCUCAUGUCACUAGGACUAAAUGAUCCAUCUCUGACAGAAACCCAGAAGAGUUCGGGAAAACACUGUGAUGAACUGAGUCAGCUUUGGAAUGAAGGUAGCUCAGGCAUCCUGGGGCAGAAUACUGCGUUCACAGGGAAGGUGGAAAAGAGGGGAGAGGGAAGCAUAUUGAAAGCCCGGGGGUCUGGUGGGGACUCCGACUCUUCUCCCACAGGCUCUAUCACACUCUCAGCACAGCACAGCUGGCCAGUUCACCAGCCCAGGUCUGUUUUGAGUGACCUUCAGAAUCAGCCAGUCAAUUCCCCAACAAAAUCCAGCGCCCCAGCUGCCGAAAGAUCCUUAUCAGAUGUAUUUGUUUCUUUGGAAUCUAUAAAGCCAAGUAACACUGCUCCCAUCGUGGCCUAUGACAAAAGUGGAAUUCGUGUGAUGCUGCACUUUGCCAAAGAUAGUCCCGUUGGGCGACCUGAUGUAGCCGUCUUGGUGGUCUCCAUGCUGAGCACCUCCCCCAUCCCUGUUAGAGAUGUGGUGUUCCAGGCAGCAGUACCAAAGAGUAUGAGGGUGAAGCUGCAGUCAGCCACUGGGUCAGAACUGCCGGCCUACAACCCCAUCGUGCCCCCUGCAGUCAUCUCCCAAAUUCUGCUUCUGUCCAACCCUCUCAGAGAGAAGGUGCGUUUACGAUACAAGCUAACAUUCACCCAUGGAGAGCAGAAGACCAGUGAGCAGGGUGACAUAGAAAACUUCCCUGAUAUGAGCUCUUGGACCAGCUGGUGACCCCCCUCCAGAGCAAAGAACUUGGGGUCAAUGGAGAGAUGCAGUGGCCACUGCAGAGAUAAUGCAUUCUCAGAUUGUGAGAAGUGUUACCAAUGCAUUACAAUCAAAUUGAUAUGUCAUUAUAUUGAUAUAGUUGGAGUCAUAGCAAAUAAUUGCAGCAUUUUUUCAGUCUUUAUUUUUUGAGCCCUUCAAAACCAUGGAGUCUCAUGUUGUUGGCAGUUUUGCUGCCAAAGAGCACCAAACAACAAUCGAUUGACCCACUGCUGUUACAGGGAUACUGUGAUCUCUUCACCUCAGAUACAUCUGUUUGAAUAACAGAUUAAUGAAAGUGUGGUAGACAUUAUGAUUCCUUAAAAAGGCUUUAUGAAUGAUUCAGUUUUUUGGUGAUAAAGAGAACGUGGUACGAAUAGAUGCAAAAUGAGUUUGUUUAUUUUGAAUGUAAUAUUGAGCUUUUUUGGGCACUGGUUUGUCUGGUCAUGAACAUACCAGAACUAUUAUGUGCCAUUAUAGUGCCAUUAUACAUUACGUACCUGAUGACAAGGAUUUUCUAUGCAAUGGAUCAUGGUGAUGAGAUGCUUAACUUGCAGUCUUUUGUUUCAGAAACAUGGUACGAUACAUUUCUUUCACUUGUCCUUAUAAAUCAGGUAAAAACCCUGCAUAAAUAGUUGAUCCCGAGAACCAGGACUUUGAAAGAUGUGUGCUACGUGCCAAUGACAUGUUUGCUUCCAUUAAGACAUGCCUGCAUUACGUAUUUUAGAUAAUUUAUUAUUGUUAAAGUUGUGUCAUGUGGCUUUAUUGAAAAAUAAAAGUUCCAAAGCAAAAAUGUGAAAAAUUCUUGAAAUGAUGUAGGUCAAUAAAAUGUUUGCUCAAGCUGCCUUUGAA